GCCACUUUUACAAGGAAGUAUUGUUCGUCGUCCUGAAAGCGAUCUUUCCAUUUGUGACAUAUUAAUUUCUAUGACUCUUGUUGAGGUGCAUUGUCUACUUCAUUUUUAAUACGAAAAAGUACUAGUCGCGAGAAUAGUCGCGAGCCUCAAGUUUGAGAAUAUAGUGAACCCUUUCUUUGCACAGAUUGUCUCCAGUUCUCAUGGAAGGAGACAUCAAAUUAAAAAUCCAUUCGCAGCUUGCAUAUAACAGCAUACCCUCGAAUUCCGUUCUAAGCUACAUGUCCCGCCAUGUUUGCCUGCUUUUGACUGCUUCAUCUGCAGGAAUUCAACUGUUGGCAGUCCUUCAGCAGAGCACUGAAUUCCCUUCGGGGUUCGAUACAUCGAUCACUCUGGUCUUGCCAGUCUCUCUAAAACGGUACCUCAAUCCAGGUGAUGCUUCAUGCCCUCGGAUCCAUAGAUGCUGAGGUCAACGAUCAGAAUACUGGACUUCGGAAGGUCGUUCUUUUCAAGCUAUGAUGUGAGGUUCUGAUGUUCACGAGUGGUAGAGGGUCUAUCUAGAGAACGCUCGCACUCAUGUGGUCGACUAAUCCCGAUGCGAUAGAUCAUGACUUGUCCGUUGCCUAGGGAAUAUGUUUGCGCAGAAAGCCAAUUGUAAGAACUGUGGAG